GUCCGCACUCGCGCUUCCCUUCAGUCGCACUUCGCGCUCCAGCGCAGCGUCCACGGACGGGACAGCCAGCGCGGGGGUCCGCUCCACUCACACGCAGUCGGACUUUCAGUGGCCAACUUUCGCGGACGCUUCCUUGAAGACGCUGUUUUUUUCUGAUCACGGAAAUGGUUCACCUGCGCUUCUUCUGGGAGAGUUGAGUCACGAAGACGCUGCAAAUGGAGAGAGGCUGAAAGAAGAGCUUUAAAGUUGAACAAGGACGUGACUCCGGGGAGAGGUGGGAUGUCGAACCGGGACUCCAUGGGAUUCGGGGACUUGAUCCCCCAAGAUGUGGUGGAUAUCUUUGCCCAUGAGAAGCACAACAAAAGAGGUCGGAAGCAGCGCAGUCACUCGCUGGGCCGUGCUCUGGGGUGGCUCAAGGGGAAGAAGAAGAAGGAUGCCGGCGCCAACGGGCAAAAUCUGGGACUGGGUCCUGCUCUAGACCUGGCCCUGGACGGACACAAGGGAGGACUGAAGUCUGGACGCCAGACUCAUCCACAGGGAAACAGUCAUGCCGCACCCAAGAUCCACGAUGACGACAAGACCCCGGCGCCGCCACAUCUCCAGGAGAACGUGUUCGCUGAAGCCAGCAGGCCCAAGUACCUGGAGGACCUCCACUCUGAAGCGCAGGAGGGGCUGAAGCUGAUGCAGCAGGAAGAAACCAGUAAUGGGGUGGAGUUCCAGGACAACGAAAGCACAAUUUCAACGAUGGACGUCCAAACAGACGGCGAGAGCACGGGGUUCAUGACCGACAGCACCAUCGCCGACUCGUCCUCAGUGAUCUCAGCCAAGUCCUCCAUCUCCACCAGGUCAUCGCGAUCCGGACUCACACGGCAAGGAUCGACGUUCAGGCCACUGAACUCUGAGAACAAGCCGGAAAAGAAAAAGACGAGGCGUCGACAGAGAAAGUCGGUGGAGGGUAUCCCCAGGCACGUCCAGAAGGAACUCGGGCUGGAUCGGGUCGGCUGGAUGUUAACGCCAAAGUUGGAUGAGGAGCAGCUCCUUAAUGGCGAGAUCCUGGAGAGUCCGACUUCUGAGGGACCGAGCGCUGAACGGGACUCUACCUUCAGUAAAGAUCAGGCAGAGCAAGGAGGAGCCGUCCAUGCUGGUCAUAGGGAUGACUUGGCUCUGCUGCAUCAUAUGGGCCCUGACUUGGCCGGCGGGCCGAGGCCUCGAUCUGUCGCUGUUCCGUCCAUGACAACUGCCAGUAGCCUCCAGGAACCCCCGAGCCCGGUCAUCACCACCUCCCCACAGGCUGCUUACAUGUCCAAAAUCAUCCCCAACGCCAUUCUCCCGCCUUCCAUUGAGGUCGUGGAGAUAAGCCGCGGACGGAGCCGCAGCAGCCUCCGAACAGUAAGCAAGAGCAGCCUGGUCCAGCCAAGUCCUGCACCGUCCCGGGCUUCUUCCAGAGCUUCGUCCACCAGAACCAUGUCUUCCAAAGAAUCGUCCUCCUACCCUCACACUUCCAACAAUCCCACAGAUAGCUCUGGCUGGAGCAACUCAGACUCAUCUGAGACCUUGGUGUCCGACUCCUCGACCAUCUCGAGCAGCAGCACCCCGAGACAGAAGUCUCAGGAUGAGGUGGACAAAAGUUCCAUCAAGGCUUCAACCAGUAAGGCCUCCAAAUACUCCACGAAUGGCAAAGUUGUUAGUAACGGAGAGCACGUGAACAAAGAUGGAAAUUUUGUUCGAAGCCUGUCUGUCAUGAAGCCGAAGAGGGCGCCGCCGCCACCAAGUCGUUCAUACUCCCUUCACAAGGCCAAACGCCGGUCACGUGACCUGGCCGACUUGAGAAUCGUAACAGGGGCUUCACCUCUUCAAAGCAUUUCAGCGUCAGGCGAGGAGAACGAGAAGAGCGGUCCUGGUUCCACCACUGUUGACAGCCCUGGAUACAACGGAGACACCAGCUCACUGGACGACUCUGCUGGCUCUCUGAGUCCUUAUGAGUCCAAGAUUUUUGGAGAUAAAUUCACCUCUAAAGACAUUUUGAAAGAUUCCCUUCAGGUGACCACACAGACCCACGUCGUCUCUCCAUCCAGUGGCUACUCCAGCCAAGACGGCACCUCCCCUCAGGUUACCAAACAGCUCCCAGGGUCGUCUCCGAAGCAUAAGAGAGGAAUAUUUGCCAAGCUCCAGAGGCUCUUCCCUGGGACCUCGACCGCAGCUGCGCCAUCAAUCAAACAAACUUUGGAUCCAAAAAACAACCAGCAGCUUUUGGUUGAUCCUGCAAGUUUAAGCCCCUCGGUCAGAGCCUUGAGAGAAAUCUUCAACAUUCCUCCACAUCCUAAAGUCCACGCACCCCCCCCUCCUCCUCCAGAGGUGUGGGUUCACAGCAGACGCAGCAUCGAGUUGCUACUGGGACCCCCGGUCCCUGAUAACCUCCCCGCUAUCAUCAAAAAGAACCCGAAAGACAGAAGACAACUGAGGAACUUGUCAGCGCAGUCGGACGGGUCUGCCAGAAGUCCAGCCGCGAAGACAAAGCUUUCCCGAGGGGAACAAGUCAACAGUGCGGCUCAAGUCCCCAGUACAAAGAAGGUUGAAGAAAGUGUGCUUCUGAACGAUGCAGUUGAAAAGCAGAGCAAUGAAAAAGUGACUGAGAAAGUAGAUGUGAAUGGAAAUAGAAGAGUGACGGAAGAGAAGGUUCGAGCAAGUUAUAUGUUGAAUGAGAUGUUGGCGAAGGCAGCAGAGAAACGUGAGGAACGUCUGACGGCAUUGAAAGAAGAAGGAGAAGCCAGAAGCAAAGCUGAGUUGGUGCUUCCUAUUUCUCUAGUACGCAGGUCCCCGUCCCCCUCCCCACCUCCGUCGCACCACCCACCCCAGCCUCCUGACAAACAGGCCGCAAAGGUUAAAGCUGUAGUUACAUCUCCUGAAUCCUCCUGGCCGCCUCCGCCUCCACCUGUGGCAGAAGCCGUCAGUGGGCAGGACGAUCUGGAUUUCCCCUUCCCACCUCCCCCGAUCAUCUCUGAGGACAGUUUAGUUGUACCUGUGGCAGUGCCGGUAGGCAGCGCUGUCGCAGGCCCAACCACACCUAUCCCCAUAGUGAUCACAGAGUGCGUCCAAACCAGCGCCUCACAGGAGGCAGCGCUAACAGCACUUAAUAUUCCUCCACCUCCAUCCUACUCUGCUCCUCCACCCCCUGUGAAGAUAGUCUCCCCUGCAGUGCCUAAAAAAGUUUUACUCCCAACGGUACCAGAGAUUGUUCCACAAGAAGCGAUUCUUCCAGAACCCAAAGACAUUUCCUCUCACCAAGCCCCGCCAUUGCAGCCUCUAAAGGUUGUCUGCUCGACACCAAAGUCCCAUGCACCCCUCCAUGAGUCCUCUCAGGAAACCUCCAAAGAGCUUCCUACAGAACGAAUCAAGGUGAUUUGUCCCCCUCCUGAGCUCCCAAAAGCACAGCCCCCUUCAGGCAUUAAAGAACAGCCACCCAAAGAGAGCCCACCUGAGGAGACCCGUCCUUUAGAAGUCGGACAGCUCCCUCUCCCUUCACCAAUUGUUGCUCCACCACCCAUAGAUAAUUCCAAAGAAAGCGCUCCCCCCGAGUCUCUGACCAUCCGUACACCUGUCCAGGAAGUGGUCCCAACAGUGGUUACAGUGGCAGCGCCUGCGCCAGAGUCUCCCCCUCCGCAGGUUAUUGAGGUGUCUUGUGUCCCUCUGGUCGGACACACUCUCUUGCCUUCUGAAGACACAUAUCAGACCACUGGUCUGCAACCACCCCAAACUAUUCCCCCGCCACCACCCAUAGAACCAUCAUUAGCCCCGCACGAACAGCCAGAGACUCAGCUGACUGGACUUCCACCUGAUGAUCUGGAGAAGAACACCAGUCCAAGUGUGGUAGAAACUAACCUUGACCUUUCCCCAGAGCCUGCGGUUCUUGAUACGGUUCUCCUGUCAUCUGACACUACAUCCCAGAACACUGUGCUUAAGACCGAGGAGGUUUCUGUCUCACCAGAACCUGAGGCUCCCACUCGACCAACAGUUGUCAUAGAAGAAAAGUCUGAAACAAGUCCUUCACCUGUAGCGUCUUCAAGCACAGAAGACAAAACCCCAGAGCUGUGUGAUGCUCCUGCUGUACCAGAAGAACCGACUCCUGUUGUCAGCGUCUCUCUCUUAGAAAUGGUGAAACUGCGUUCUGCGCCUGAGGCCACCAGAGUUCAGGAAGAAGCCCAGACUCAGGUCACUGCAGCUUCUGAGCCCAGCAAUGCUGCUCCCUCCACUCAUGAGGCUCCUCAGAAGCCUAUCAGAAAAUCACUGAUCCUCACAACACCUUCUUCUCCACCUGCUGUCAUCACUACUGAACCACCCGCACCAAAGUCCCAGUCACUGGUUAUCCACCCUCCGUCUUCUACAGGUGUCACCCCUGCCACGAAGUCCCCCACCGCAGUGACGGCAUCGCCAUCGAUGAACCUCCAGGAGGUCAUCCGGAUGAGGACAGCAGCCAGAUCUAAAGAAAGCCCCGCCACUCGUAUCAGCCUGAUGGCUCCAGCGUCGCCGAUGAACCUUCAGCGAUCGCCCACCAGCACCGCCAGCUUCAUCUUCUCAAAGAGCAACCUACCGGUGUCUCCUCCGGCACAGAAGCCUGCAGAGGUUCUCUCAAAGAUCGGGGAAGCAGAGUCACAGAAGAAAGUUGUGAAGAUGCCGCCGCCUGUGGCUAAAAAACCCAAAGCUAAAGCGAGUGAUGAGGAGCACGCCACCGGAGGACAGUCAGACGCCGACAAAGACAAAGCCAACGGGAGGAUAUCGGUUGCUGCUGACGGAACAUGAUCUGAGGAACUGACGCACAACAGGAAGUUUGUUUGAGAGACGCUCACUGCUAGCGACGCUGUGGAUAUCCAGGAUCGUUUUAUUUUGUUAACGGUGUGGGUUUCGAGUACAACAUUUAUCUUUCUCAAUACCAAGCUGUCCUUAAACGUUACUGCUGAGAGCAGGCGAAAUGCUGCCCUCUAGUGUCCAACAGUGCUCGCACCGCUUCUGUCCUGCCGCGCUUGCUUUCGGGACUCGAGGGUUGUAAAUACAGCAACAUUUGUAAAAGGGCCACUCUUGUUUCCAGAGUCCCCGCACGAUUCCUGUUUUAAAAAAAAAAACAAGUUUUAAGUUAUUUUUCUUUCUUAUUCUCGUCUUUGAAAAGUUUAAUAAAACUCUAAAAUCAAUAUAUUAUAUACAGAUUUAUGCAAGGCUCGUAGCUCGGUUUGAGACGUCGCCAGCUUUAUGAGUGAUGGAUUUCUCUUUCAUGACCUUCAUUAUAAUCAGGGGUCAUUAAUCGACACACAUUAUUUAGAAGCACAAAACCUGCUGCUUUGUUACCGACGUGUUUGUGGUCUGAAAGGGGAUGUUUCUGUGCGUAAUGUAUUGACGCCUGGUUCCAGAGACUUGUCGUAAAUGAUCACUUAUUCAGAAAGUUAAAACCUUUUCUGUCCAUAUCUGCUUUUUGUUAAAACUGAAGAUUGUUUUCGGACCCAUCAGUUUGUCGGUCAUCACGGUUUACGGUGAUAAAAAGAACAUUUAAAUUAAAGCAACAAGAUCAGAAAAAAAACUCAUACCAACUGCUAAAUAUUAAUACUAAAUUCAAGUUAAUUUCAUUUACAGUUAUUUUACAACUUGAGCUAUUUUAUUUCACAAGUUUGAAGUGGGAAAUAUUUUACAAAAGUAUAUUCCAACAAGUUUAGGCUUAAAAGGCUUAAAGUUUUGUGUGAUUUAUUAAGAUGCAUGUCAAGUUGAAAUCCUUUUUCGGUUUGAUGUUCAUGUGCUUAUUAAAAUACAUACGAAAUCAUGUCAUGUGAUCAUUUUAUU